AUGCUUGAGGUGCUUAUAAGCGGGUGUCGCGAGGAUUGGCGGCUCAGUUCGAUCCAAUCGCCAAUGUUGGAAGACAGUAACGGCACGCCAGUCGACGAGUUCGAUUGCAGCGACAUGGACGCCUGCUAUGAAACAUUUGACAAAGAUGGGGACGGGAAGCUAAGCCUGGAUGAAUUCCGUGUGAUCUGCAAGGCCCUGUUCCGUAACGACAAGGGCCACAUCUACCCACUGUCCGAAGAAAGGGCGCGCCAUAUCUUCCAGGUGUUUGAUAAGAAUGGAGACGGGUUCAUUGAUAAGGAGGAGUUCACAUUCUGCUGGAACCAUUGGAUUAAAGUUAUCGUGCGACCAGUGAGUGCGUUCCUGAUAGUGGACGUGCAGAACGACUUCAUCUCCGGCACCCUCAACAUCAGCAAGUGCAACGCGCAACAGGAUGGCAGUGAGGUGAUAGAACCAAUCAACAGACUGCUGGACACGGUGCCGUUCGACGCUGUGUUCUACUCCCUGGACUGGCAUCCACCUGAUCACGUCUCCUUCAUCGACAACGUACACAUGAGGGAACUGCAUCCGUCCAACCCGGUGCCAGCAGACAAAGCGCAGGCGUACGACACGGUUGUGUUCGCAGGUCCACCGCCCAUGAAGCAGAGACUGUGGCCGCGACACUGCGUGCAGGACACAUGGGGCGCUGAGCUGCAUAAGGACCUCAAGAUAAUGGACGGCGCAGUAAAGAUCUACAAAGGCACCAACCCCGAGGUGGACUCUUACUCUGUAUUCUGGGAUAACAAGAAGCUGACGGACACCAGUCUGGGGAACCAGCUGCGACUGAGGGGCGCCACUGAUAUAUACAUCUGUGGACUGGCUUAUGAUGUGUGCGUGGGAGCAACGAUAGCAGACGCCCUAGCCAUCGGUUACCGCUCGAUCCUGAUAGAGGACGCCAGUCGCGGCGUGGACCUCGCUGACAUCGAGAAGACCAAGGCAACCAUCGUCAACAACAAUGGAGUCAUCGUCAACUCUGAUGAGGUCAUAGCCAUGGUGGAAGGCCGCGACAGGCGACCGGAGUUAGGCUACAAACUAGCCAUGGAGCUUAAGAACGCAAUGGAAGAUAAGUGA